AUGGGCGACAUCACCGACGCCGCCGCCGACGCUUCGGGCUCGCCGCCGUGGACCAAGGAGACCAACCUCUUCAUGCAAAUCGUCGUCAACCCGGACGGCACGGUCACACGCCCCGAGGCCCCUCUCGUCCCGGCCUCCGAAGUCGCCGCCGCCGGCGUCAUCUCCAGGGACGUGCCCCUCGACGCCUCCGCCGGCACGUACCUCCGCCUCUACCUUCCCUCCCCGUCCCCCGCAGCGCCGGCCGCCACCGCCAGCAAGCUCCCCGUCGUGCUCUACUUCCACGGCGGGGGCUUCGUGAUCCUCUCCCCGGCCACCGUCUUCUACCACGGCCACUGCGAGGCGAUGGCGACCGCGGUGCCCGCCAUCGUGGCGUCCCUCGAGUACCGCCUGGCGCCGGAGCACCGCCUGCCCGCGGCGUACGAGGACGCGGCGGCGGCCGUGGCGUGGCUCCGCGACGGCGCCCCUGGGGACCCCUGGGUGGCCGCGCACGGGGACCUCUCCCGCUGCUUCCUCAUGGGCAGCAGCUCGGGCGGCAACAUGGCGUUCUUCGCGGCGCUCAGGACCGGGGGCCUCGACCUGGGACCCGCCACGGUGCGCGGCGUCCUGCUGCACCAGCCCUACUUCGGCGGCGUCGACCGGACGCCGUCGGAGGCCGGGUCCGUGGACGACGCCAUGCUGCCGCUGGAGGCCAACGACAGGCUCUGGAGCCUCGCGCUGCCCCUGGGCGCCGACCGGGACCACGAGUUCUGCAACCCUGUCAAGGCCAUGGCGCCCGAGGUCCUCGCCGGCCUGCCGCCGCGGUGCCUGGUCACUGGCAACUUGGACGACCCGCUCAUCGACAGGCUGCGGGAGUUCGCUCGGUGGCUGCAGGACCGCGGCAGCGCGGAGGUCGUCGUGAAGGCGGACGUCGCCGGGUUCCACGCGUCGGAGCUGUUCGUGCCGGAGAUCGCCGAGGUGCUGUUCGCCGCGAUGCGCGAGUUCGUGUCCACCGGCGACGACGCUUGA